UCUUCCCAGUUACGACCACUGAAGAUGCAGAUGCAGCUUUAGCAUUGAUUUUGGAAGAAAAAGAUGAGCCAUUCAACCUUGUAAUGGCGAACGCCGCCGUCGCCGCCGUAUCAGACUUCAGCGCCGCCCUCUCAGUUCUUCAUCAAACCGGCGUUCCCGUCGUCUUGAUGUCGACGGAGAUGAAUAUGAAGGCGGCCGGAAAAUCCAUUGCCGAAUCUGGCUUUCACUUCCUCGAGAAGCCGAUUUCCAUGGAGGACAUCGAACUUGUUUGGCAGCUCGUGUACAGGAAAAUCAGAAACCCUAGGGCAAACAAUUUGGGAGAAAAUGCGAAUCAGGGGAAAAAAUCUGAGAUUGGCGGAAUGUGUGGCCGAGUCGUGAACGUUGCGAGAGGAGUAGAGUGGAAUGCGAUUGAAGAAGAAGGAAAGGAAAAUUAUGGUGAGAAUUUUGGAGAGAGAGAAGCGAGAUUGAAGGUAUCUGGAACUGUAUUUGAUUACCUGGAAACGACGAAGAUGAAUGCGGAAGAGAAGAAGAACAGAAACGAGUGCACGAACAAGAGAUCGCGGAUUGUUUGGAAUUCGAAAUUGCAUCGGAAGUUCACAGAAGCAUUGAGCAAACUUGGGAACAAAAAAUCGAGCCCUAAAAUUAUCCUAAAGAUGAUGAAUGAGCCAAGUUUGACGCUUCGCCAAGUUGCAAGCCACCUCCAGAAAUUCAAAUCUCAAGUAAAGCAUUUAAAUAAGAUAACAGAAAGUGAUGCAUCCACCCCACUCAGCAGAGUCCAACUUCAACAGUUACCUGUAAAGCAAAAUAGCAUAACAAACAUAUUAGGCCAACCAAAUUACAGCCCUGACCUUACAGACAACCAGAGACAAUUUCAAGUCCUCUCCAGUUGCUUGAAUGGUCCUCAACUUCCUUUUCAAAAUGUUGAUCAUUGUCAUCUCAGAAUGAUGGACCAGAGCAACUCAAAUUCAUAUGGAACAACUCGGUCCAACGACCUUCAACCUGAAACUUAUGGAGGUUUCAAAGGAAUGAACCUUGUCGCAGACAACCGUAUAUUUGGCGAUGAGCUUUGUAUGAAUGAGAGUUCAGAGAGUUUUGUUCAGACAUCUCAAUCCAACUUACAAUAUUUCAGUGCAGAUGUAGAUUAUUGUCCCUUCCUUUCAGCUGAUGCAGUUCAAGAGUUGGAAUUUGCUCGAAACUUGGCUGGCUGUUUGGAUGUUGACAAUAUCACGUCGGGAACACAUCGUGCAACUUUGGAUUCUUUGAAUCAGAAUGUUUACCUGAAGGAGCUUGAUGAUCUGCUGAACAAUACCGCAGAAGAUCCGAUGGUAUAUUGCUGUUUUGAUGGCGAGGUGAACUCGUUCGACAUUGAUCAAUAUUCUCAGUGGCUAAAUGCAUAACUAGAAUAAAAAUGAAUACAGAUACCAAGUUUUGAACCAAAGACUCAUCCGCAACAUCAUGGUUUGGGUGGAUUCGGAGGUAAUGAACUUUUCUUUGCUACCAAUGUUGAAAUUUUUAGCUGCUAAGUUCAAAAGAGUUCUGAUAUUUUUCUGUUUGCAAGAAACUAUAAAGGGAAAUGAGUUUGCAGAUUCAUGUUAAAUGAUAUCAAACCACUCCAUGUUUCAGUUCCAAAUUCUAUUCAAUGCAAACUUUUCAGCCAUGCUAUUAGCAAAUUUCUUUCUCUUUGUCUGCAGCCUUGCAGCCUUUCACUUUAUCAAAAUGUCUACCUAUUUGGUUGUCUUUUUAGAAACAAAUUUUAAGUGAAGCUUCAAACUAAUAUCUUAACCAGUUAAAUUACGCUCGAAUAAGCAUGAGAGGUUCUUAAUACUCAUUACUUCAAAAAAAUAGUUCAUUAAGCCAAGUGGAACGUAUCUUAGUCACAUGUGAACUCAUGUCCAAUUUUCUUUCCCCUGUUUCGUGGUAGUUAUUACACUAGUAAAUGUACGAAAAGGUUGGUUUACUAAACUACCACACUACUACUAUACCACAAGAAUUCCAUGAGUAGACUAUUUAAGUGGAUCGCACCUAUCAAGAAAAACGUAUUUUUUAACAAUACAAAUUUAGUUACACUUUUCCCACAUGAUCUAUUGCAAAAAACGGAUAAUCUCAAGCUUAGAGUUGUGAACCUAGGUUAGAGACGGGGAGCGCCUUGACUUAUUAGUCAAGCUUUGAUUGGGGAAGGUCCUCUCAAUGCUCUAACGCUCACACUAAAUAUGAACCUAACUAUCUCAUCACGUUUUGAACUCCACUCAUGUAUUGCUUUAAUGGGUAAAAUCCAACUCUUGGAACAUACUAUAGCCCCAAGUGGCGAAGAACCAACCCAAAGGAGGUCACGUGGAUAUUCUUGAACAAUCCCUUAAAGAGAAGUGGACGCCUACUUUUGUUGUUGAUACAGGUAGUAAGAGAUAUUAUACACAACCCUUCUAAUUUACCAAAAAAAAAA